GUCUACGGUCUAGAGUGAAACCACACUCUCUCUCUAGAGACUAUACUCCUCUUCCUCCCUCCCCUUCUCUCUCUCUCUCUCUCUCUUCUUCCGAACCUAAAGCAAACCCCAAAUUUCGUUCCUGGCAUCUACGCCUUCUACCAAUCGCCUCAACCAUGCUCCGGCAACGCUUGGUCUCCGCCCUCCGAACCCGAGGCGGCGCCACAACCGGUCCUAGCCGCUGGACCAGUCCUGGCCACGAAGAGCGACCCAAGGGAUACCUUUUCAAUCGGCCUCCACCACCACCGGGUCAGCCUCGUAAAUGGGAGGACUGGGAAUUGCCCUGCUACGUCACCAGCUUCCUCACCAUUGUUAUUCUCGGAGUAGGUCUCAAUGCCAAGCCUGAUCUUACAAUCGAGACUUGGGCUCACCAGAAAGCCCUCGAACGCCUUGAGAUGGAGCAGGUGGGUCUUGGCGCUUCUGGGUCUUCUGAAUCAGACUGAAAUUUGAUCCGGGUAUGGUGUUUUUGGAUCGCCCUUUUCUGGGUUUGAUGUUAUUUCUCUGGGUUCAAUGGGAUUUUCGGGUUUGGGUUUUUUGGGGCUGAGAAAAGUGGCUGUUGAUAUUUUUAGUUCAAUAAGGUUUUUUUCGAAUGUUUUUAAUUACGAAUCUUCUGAAAGCUUAACUGCUGCAAUGUUUACUUUCUUUCUGUUGAUUAUUGGACCUUUAGACUUGUUUAAGUCUCAAAUAGCUCAUAAAUAUUCCUUUUCGAAUCAAA